UCCACCCUUCUACUCAAUCGUUGUCUUGUCUUCGGGUAUGUCUGCCGAGGGUGAUAGCGGCACCAUCGGAGGGAGGGAGCCAGCUCGGGCUAUGGAGGUGGGAGAGACUAUCAAGGUCGCAGGCAGUGGUACUUCAGAGUAUACGAUCAAGCGUCAUGUGAAUCAUUACUCCUGCACAUGUCCUGCCUGGCUAUUCUACGGCGGCGAAAGCAAUAUCAGAACCUGCAAGCAUCUGAAUGCUGUACUUGGCGAGGCCUUUGAAGCAGCCCGCGUCCCUCCACGCUCUCCCUCUUCAAAGGGUAGGGGCAAGAAGGCUACCGCUUCAAAGCGAACCCGGCUUGUGGAUGAUUUUGAAGGCGACACUGCUUCACCGACGCACUCUCCCUCUUCGAGCAAUAGCAAAAGAGUGAAGAGCGACGCUGCUUUCAACGACCUUACAAGGGAAAGUGACACUCUCGGUGAGAACGGGAAGGGGCCAAUAGAGGUCAUGCUGGCCAAGACCUGGGAGCUUGAUGGGCGAGCAUCACCACAGGGCCUCUGGGCCGCCGAGAAGAUAGACGGAGUACGAGCAUAUUGGGAUGGAGAGAGCAUGUGGUCUCGCAACCGCAACAAGUACGAGCCUCCGACAUGGUGGAAAGAGCGUCUGCCAAAGGAUACUCCUCUAGAUGGCGAACUCUUCGCCGGGCGUGACAGCUUCGAUCGAUGUUCCGGUCUCGUCCGCUCAGGUCCGGGUCCACACUGGAAGUCCAUCCACUACCUCGUGUUUGAUGCGGUGAUGGAAGGUACAGUGGAAGAGAGAUGGCGAGUGGCCAAAGCAAAGUGUGUAGACGGACAAAUGUCACCCGAUGAUGUCCUGAAGAGCAUCACAAGUUGCAUUGCAUUUCUGCCACAGACGGAAGUCAAGUCAAAGGAGCACCUGCUUCAAUUGCUGGCCGAGGUGCACAAAGUUGGCGGAGAAGGACUCAUGCUUCGCAGGCCAGGAAGCCGAUACACGGGUGGCAAGACGAGCGACUUGUACAAGGUCAAGACAUGGUAUGAUGCCGAGGGCAUCGUCGUGGGCUACAAUGUCGGCGAAGGGCGAAAUAGCCACCGCACUGGCAGUCUACGCCUCUUGAUGGAGUGCGGUCAUGAAUUCGACUGCGGAGGAGGACGUGAGUAUGAUGGUGAAAUCUUCUGUAUACGACCUAUUGACCUCAAGUGUACGCUUUCUCUUUCCGCAGUGACGGACUCUUUGCGGGAUCACCCACCAAGUAUCGGGACAGUGGUAGUCUACAAGUUUCAAGAGCUCUCACACGAAGGCACUCCCCGCUUUCCCAUCUACUGUGGAGUGUCUGCGGACAAGGGCGUUGCCAAGGAUGCCAUUGUUCGAUCAACUCAGCUGCGAGCUGACCAGGCUGUUGGGGCUGGGAGCGAGGCAUAACCAUUACUCAAGUAUACCUGCCAUCAUUAGCAUCGUCAAUGAGGAUACCCAACUGUCAACCCAUUUUCAUGUCACCUUUCGAUUCUCGCAAACUAUAGGAUAUGCCUAUGCUGUCGUCUGGCUACCCAUGAGUCGUACCUGAGCAUCGUGAUUCGCCAAGUGAGACUGGCGGAUGCAUUGACUGUCUCAGUCUGUCUUCGGCUGGGAGU